CCUCCGUCUCUUCCUUCCGUCCUUCCUUCGCGGCUCGCCCCGCCCCGCCGCGCCGCACAGCCAAGCCCGGCCUGGCCUGUCUCCUCCUUCCGCCGCCGCUUCCCGCCCUGCCCCCGCGCCCGCGCCCACCUCGCCCUCUGGUCGCCUGCCCUCCUGACCCCCCCUCGCACGCCAGUAAUUCGCCCUCUCCCCAAAUCUCUGGGAUUCCCCCCUUCCCGACCCUCGGCGCCAGUAUCGGGCUGUAGCCCCCACGGCCUCCCUCCAAUGCUUGCCCCUCCGCAGCCCCCCCGCGCCGCCAAAACUGAAGCCCCACGUCCCCUCCUCCUUUCUCCAGCCUCCGACCCCCCCGUCGCACCCACCCGGCCCCCGUGCUAGAGGCGCCCCCUCCAUCCAUCAACCCUUCCGCGCGCCCCGCCCCCUCCCGCCAUGGAGUCCCAGUGCGAUUACUUCAUGUAUUUCCCGGCCGUCCCUUUUCCGCCGCGGGAGGUGCUGCUGGGGGAGCCGGGCCGGUAUCGGGCCCUUCCCCGUCGGAACCACCUUUACCUGGGCGAGACGGUCCGCUUCCUGCUGGUGCUGCGGUGCCGGGCGGGGGGCGCCCGUCCGCCGUGGGGGGAGCUGGCCGGCUCGCUCUCGGCCCUGGCCAGCGUCAGCCCGGGGGGGAGCCUGCCCGGGGACCACGGGGGGGACGAGGCGCCCCUGGCGGAGGCGGAGCAGGAGGACGGCGGGGAAGCGGAGGAGGUGGCGAUGGCGGGCAGCUCGGGAAGCAACGGGAGCCUCUUCCGGGACUGCAGGGCCCUCCUGACCCACGGCCACGGCCCCCUCGGGAGACCCGCGGCAGGGGUGCCCAUGGAGGAGCCCAUUGUCUCCACCGACGAGGUGAUUUUCCCACUCAUGAUUUCCUUGGACAAGUUGCCCACCACCACCAUCAAAGCCAAGAUUGUGGUGACGGUUUGGAAACGAGACCAGGAAAAGCCAGAGGUGCAGGAACGCGGCUACCUCAGCGUCCUGCAGGAUCGAGCCCCAUCACAAACCUUUAGAGAGGAACAGGGCGCCUUCAAGGCACAAGUGAGCACCAUGCUGACCGUCCUCCCCCCGCCAGAGCUGAAGUGCCAGCCGCUCAACGUUUCAGGGAAACACGUGAUGGUACUGAAAGUUUUGAAUGCAGCCUCCCAGGAGGAGCUGUGCGUGUGGGACGUGCGGAUCCUCCCCAAUUUUAACACCAGUUACCUCCCCAUGAUGCCAGAUGGGUCCGUCUUGCUUGUUGAUGAUGUCUGCCAUCAAUCAGGAGAAGUUUCUAUGGCCUCCUUCUGCCGGCUCCCCUCUGCUACCUCGACCUGCCCUUGCUCCCUCCGUGCCCUCGAGGAGCAGAACUUCCUCUUCCAGUUGCAGGCCCCGGAGCAGCCCCCUGACAGCACCAAGGAGGGCCUAGAGGUGCCUCUCGUCGCUGUGGUGCAGUGGUCGACUCCAAAGCUGCCCUUCACCACCAGCAUCUAUACCCAUUACAGACUACCCAGUAUCCGCCUGGCCCGCCCCCGCUUUGUGAUGACGGCAGAAUGUGAGUCGCCGGUUGCCUUGCACCGCCGCUUCACAGUCACCUACACCCUCAUCAACAACCUGCAGGACUUCCUGGCUGUGCGCUUGGUGUGGACACCAGAGAGUGCUGCCGCUGGCAAGAAGCUCUCCCAUGAAGAACGACGUGCUGUCCAAGAUGCUCAAGACUCCAUUGUCUGUCACACACCCCUCAACAACUUGGGGUUUUCCCGAAAGGGCAGCGCCCGCACUUUCCGUGUCACUUUCCAGGCCCUGCGUGCUGGCUUGUACGAGCUGUCCCAGCACAUGAAGCUGAAGCUGCAGUUCACCGCGAGCGUCUCCAACCCGCCCCCAGAAGCCCGGCCAGUCUCCCGCAAGAGCAGUCCCAGCAGCCCGGCCGUCAGGGAGCUGGUGGAGCGUCACCAGGCCAGCCUGGGCCGCUCCCAGAGCUUCUCCCACCAGCAGCCGGCCCGAGGGCACCUCAUGAGGUCAGGCAGCGUCAUGGAGCGCCGAGCCAUCACUCCGCCCGUCGGCUCCCCUGUUGGCCGCCCCCUUUACCUUCCUCCAGACAAGGCGGCGCUGGCCCUCGACAAGAUUGCCAAACGCGAGUGCAAAGUGCUGGCGAUCACGCCCGUCACAUGAACUGGGAGCAACCCCACCCCGCAAAGUUGAGAUGCUGCAUCUGCCUUGCAUAAGAACAACACCGCACCCCCCGUGGAAAUGCCUCUGUGCUGCUGCCGCAGCCAUGUUGCUCCCCAGAAUCCCCCAGCAUGCGCGCCCCCCUCUCCACAGGCUCCUGGCCCCCUCCUGACAGGAAACAGUCCCUCCACUCGCUUCAGGGCAAUUCCUUCUCCCCAGCAUUCCUUUUACCUCAGUUUAGGGGGCUGUGCCUCUUCCGCCUUCCCUCUAGGGCAAAUGGAGAGCUCCCCCCCAUUUACUGCCCAGCAUGGUUUCCUUCAUUCUGAGGGCAAGAACAGGGUUCAAAAUGGAGGCGCCCCCUGUCUUGGGGGGGGGCACACACCACUGUUUACUGUGCAAAUGAGGGCAAGCCCCAAAGCCAAACAGCGGGGGUGGGGUUUUCCUCUUCUCCCCCCUCCCCAACUGCCUGAUGGUGCGAGUCAGCAGCUCUGGCCCCCACCUGAAGGUAUGGUGUUACUCAAUGGACUGUGCUGCCCCCUGCUGGUAGAGGGGCACCUUUGCCACUGCUGCCCUUCUGUCAUGCCAAAUUGUGCCACUUUCUUAGGCCUGGGAAGAGGACAGAUUUCCUCCCCCAGAGAUGAAAAGCAACUGACGUCCUUCUACCACCCCCACCCCCUUCUUCACACUGGAGGCUGCCACAUCUGCCAAGGGGGGCACAGAGGCAGGGCAGGCCUCCAUUCCACCCCUUCUCUCAUCUCAGGCAAAAGUGCACAUCCCAUUGCACUUUAUUAAUUUAAUUUUAUUAUUUAUAUUUUUUUUAUUUGCCUCCGAAGCAGCUCCAACUGUGUGUGUGUUUGUGAAUAAACUGUGCUGGCUAGAAAACA